GUUUAAUUUAUACGCUUUCGUGGACUUCUGGAAGUCAACUGACUUCGAAGGUAGGACAGCGUGGGGGGAUGGCGGGAGUAGCUAUGACAAUGAGGAGUUUUAAGAGUGAGAAAACACAAUGUCUGUGAGAACAUGGACUUCUCUUUUAGAGGCUCCAUGAGCUACUCAGAGAGGGGGUUACGAGGGUUGGUUAAGGUACGAGAGGCACAAAGUGAAAGAAGCCUCCACUACUUCAAACCACAUCAGGGCUUUUGGCAAGAGCUACAUGAAAAAUAGGCUCCCAGGCAGCCGGGCGAGGCGGGUCUGGGCUUGCAGGCUGGCGCUGAGGACCGGCAGUUGGGAGACUCUCAGGGACCCGAUGGAGGGCCUUGGGCACCACCAGUUUACCGCAUGGGUUGGAGAGACAAAAAAAGAGGAAAGCGACAAAAGGGGGAAAAUAGGUCCGAUGGCCAGAAGAGGAAGACGAAGGCUGGCUGGUCAUUAGGUGCAGCUUGUUUGCCGCCAAAGGGCAGGGGUUACGAGCUGUGCCGCCAGACCGGGUGUUGCAACCCGAGCGCUCCCUCCGCCCGGGGCGUCCAUCCUCGCCGGGGGCGAAGCUCUCCACACGCUCUUUGCCCCUUCCCGCGCCUCCUGGCUGCUAGUCAGUCCUGCUAGGGCAGUUCUGGAAACCCGCUGUCGACUAGCUGCCUUGGUCCGACUUUGAUCGCGGCCUUGAUAACUUGGCGCAGCUCCCCGUCUCCUUUCCUCCGGUCCCUCUCCCGCCCACCCGGCCUCACCGGCAGCUUCGCCUACAGCGCUGGAGUCAACCAGAACUCCGCGGCUCGGCUGCCGGCAAGACCCGGAUAGCGGAUUCCGCUCCUGGCUGCGCGGCGCGCACUCGCCCGCCCGCCCGCUCGCUCGUUCCUCGCGCGGGCACUGGGCAUGCGCGGCGCGCGGUUGGCACUGGCCGCGAGCGGGCGGGCGGCUCCAGACUUCUCAGGCAGCAGCUAGCGAGGCGGUCUCGCCCGGCGCGAGGCCGGCGCUGUGCUCGCCUGGGAGAUCGCUGCUCUUCAGCUGGGCGCAGGAGGCGGCUCCGCGGCUCGCGGACGACUGGCUGGGCGCGAAUCAGAUUGGGGGGCUUUCUCCCGGUCCCCUCCCACCUCGUCUGGGCUCGCGGCGUCUCCGGGAAAAGCCGUGGCCCCGAGGGCGGAUCCGAGGUUUUGCAUGUAAGAUUUCAUGUCAAGAAAAAAGCAAAGGCUGGGUGCAGCAGCUCGUGUCUGUAAUCUCAAGAUGAAUACUUUCAAGUGUCAAGGAGAACUUGAUUUUCCAACAACUUGAAAACAGAAGGAACUGGCUGAUAGACUUUGCAGAAGCUCUGAAAGUGUGCCUCUGGAACACCUUUAAUUUAGCCUUCAUUGGACUGAAGUAGAAACAUAAGAAUUGGAGCUUAUUUUCAUUUCUGAGGGUACCACUAUAUUGCCCAGGCUGGAUUUGAAUUCCUGGUCAAUUCUCCUGCUCAAGUGAUCCUCCUGCCUCGGCCUCCCAAGUAGCUGGGAUUACAGGUGUCAGCCACUGCAACCAGCUACAUGGCUUUUCCGGAGAUCUCUGAGAGUGAUUUCAGGUGAUACACAGUUAGUGGUAUGAGAUAAAGCACGUUGCUGCUAAAAUUCCAGACAGUCCCCAUAAACGAGUAGAAAUUGCUUCAGUUAUCUAGCAGGAUACCUAGGAGUGAGUGAUCUGUGGAUGUUGAAUUUUUUUCAUUGUGACAUAAUUCAGAAUGACAAAGUGAACUGAAGACUUAUUAUUUUCAUGCAUUGUAUGCUAUUUUAAGUUUUGGAGAAAAGAACUUUGGAGAUUUUAUUAGUCUGUUUUUACACUGCUGAUAAAGACAUACCCAAGACUGGGUAAUUUAUAAAGAAAAAGAGGUUUAAUGGACUCACAGUUCCAUGUGGCUGGGGAGGCCUCACAAUCAUGGCAGAAGGUGAAAGGCAUGUCUUACAUGGUGGCAGGGUCUCACUCUGAUGCUCAGGCUGGAGUACAGUGGCACAAUCAUGGCUUACUCCAACUUUUACCUCCCAGGCUCAAGUGAUUCUCCCACAGCAGCCUUCCGGAUAGCUGAAGCUACAGAACACACGAGUGAAAGACACAAUGAAUGGUCAUAUUUCUAAUCACCCCAGUAGUUUUGAAAUGUACCCAUCUCAGAUGAAUGGCUACGGAUCAUCACCUACCUUUUCCCAGAUGGACAGAGAACAUGGUUCAAAAACAAGUGCAAAGGCCCUAUAUGAACAAAGGAAGAAUUAUGCACGGGACAGUGUCAGCAGUGUGUCAGAUAUAUCUCAAUACCGUGUUGAACACUUGACUACCUUUGUCCUGGAUCGGAAAGAUGCUAUGAUCACUGUUGAUGAUGGAAUAAGGAAAUUGAAAUUGCUUGAUGCCAAGGGCAAAGUGUGGACUCAAGAUAUGAUUCUUCAAGUGGAUGACAGAGCUGUGAGCCUGAUUGAUUUAGAAUCAAAGAAUGAACUGGAGAAUUUUCCUUUAAACACAAUCCAGCACUGCCAAGCUGUGAUGCAUUCAUGCAGCUAUGAUUCAGUUCUUGCCCUGGUGUGCAAAGAGCCAACCCAGAACAAGCCAGAUCUUCAUCUUUUCCAGUGUGAUGAGGUUAAGGCAAACCUAAUUAGUGAAGAUAUUGAAAGUGCAAUCAGUGACAGUAAAGGAGGGAAACAGAAGAGGCGGCCCGAUGCCCUGAGGAUGAUUUCCAACGCAGACCCUGGUAUACCGCCUCCACCCAGAGCUCCUGCCCCUGCGCCCCCUGGGACCGUCACCCAGGUGGAUGUUAGAAGUCGAGUGGCAGCCUGGUCUGCAUGGGCAGCCGACCAAGGGGACUUUGAGAAACCAAGGCAGUAUCAUGAGCAGGAAGAAACGCCUGAGAUGAUGGCAGCCCGCAUUGACAGAGAUGUGCAAAUCUUAAACCACAUUUUGGAUGACAUUGAAUUUUUUAUCACAAAACUCCAAAAAGCAGCAGAAGCAUUUUCUGAGCUUUCUAAAAGGAAGAAAAACAAGAAAGGUAAAAGGAAAGGACCAGGAGAGGGUGUUUUAACGCUGCGGGCAAAACCUCCACCUCCUGAUGAAUUUCUUGACUGUUUCCAAAAGUUUAAACAUGGAUUUAACCUUCUGGCCAAACUGAAGUCUCAUAUUCAGAAUCCUAGUGCUGCAGAUUUGGUUCACUUUUUGUUUACUCCAUUAAAUAUGGUGGUGCAGGCAACAGGAGGCCCUGAACUAGCCAGUUCAGUACUUAGUCCCCUAUUGAAUAAGGACACAAUUGAUUUCUUAAAUUAUACUGUCAAUGGUGAUGAACGGCAGCUGUGGAUGUCAUUGGGAGGAACUUGGACAAAAGCCAGAGCAGAGUGGCCAAAAGAACAGUUUAUUCCACCAUAUGUUCCACGGUUCCGCAAUGGCUGGGAGCCCCCAAUGCUGAACUUUAUGGGAGCAACAAUGGAACAAGAUCUUUAUCAACUGGCAGAAUCUGUGGCAAAUGUAGCAGAACAUCAGCGCAAACAGGAAAUAAAAAGAUUAUCCACAGAGCAUUCCAGUGUAUCAGAGUAUCAUCCAGCCGAUGGCUAUGCAUUCAGUAGCAACAUUUACACAAGAGGAUCCCACCUGGACCAAGGGGAAGCUGCUGUUGCUUUUAAGCCAACUUCUAAUCGCCAUAUAGAUAGAAAUUAUGAACCACUCAAAACACAACCCAAGAAAUAUGCCAAAUCCAAGUAUGACUUUGUAGCAAGGAACAACAGUGAGCUCUCGGUUCUAAAGGAUGAUAUUUUAGAGAUACUUGAUGAUCGGAAGCAAUGGUGGAAAGUUCGAAAUGCAAGUGGAGACUCUGGAUUUGUGCCAAAUAACAUUUUGGAUAUUGUGAGACCUCCAGAAUCUGGAUUGGGGCGUGCUGAUCCACCUUAUACUCAUACUAUACAGAAACAAAGGAUGGAGUAUGGCCCAAGACCAGCUGAUACUCCCCCUGCUCCAUCACCUCCUCCAACACCAGCUCCUGUUCCUGUCCCCCUUCCCCCUUCCACUCCAGCACCUGUUCCUGUGUCAAAGUUCCCAGCAAAUAUAACACGUCAAAACAGCAGCUCCAGUGACAGUGGUGGCAGUAUCGUGCGAGACAGCCAGAGACACAAACAACUUCCGGUGGACCGAAGGAAAUCUCAGAUGGAGGAAGUGCAGGAUGAACUCAUCCACAGACUGACCAUUGGUCGGAGUGCCGCUCAGAAGAAAUUCCACGUGCCACGGCAGAACGUGCCGGUUAUCAAUAUCACUUACGACUCCACACCGGAGGAUGUGAAGACAUGGUUACAGUCAAAGGGAUUCAACCCUGUGACUGUCAAUAGUCUUGGAGUAUUAAAUGGUGCACAACUUUUCUCUCUCAAUAAGGAUGAACUGAGGACAGUCUGCCCUGAAGGGGCGAGAGUCUAUAGCCAAAUCACCGUACAAAAAGCUGCAUUAGAGGAUAGCAGUGGCAGCUCCGAGUUACAAGAAAUUAUGAGAAGACGACAGGAAAAAAUCAGUGCUGCUGCUAGUGAUUCAGGAGUGGAAUCUUUUGAUGAAGGAAGCAGUCACUAAUUUGUUUGUUUGUUUUUAAACUCCAUUGUCUUUGGCAUUAUUCCAACAUGCUUUGUUUUAAGAAGCCUUGAAGGGAAUGUCAGAUUCAUUUUUCUUGAUGUAAUUUAUCACCAUAAAAAAACCCAUGCAAACCUGAGUGAGCACAGGAUUUGCUUCUAGGCCCAUUAUUUUUAUUAAAACUGAAAAAAUUUAAACUGAAUUUUUUGACCUUGGAAAAUAUUUUUCUUACUUUACCAAGGUGAAGCUUCCUUAAUUAGAUUAAUUAUUUUAUCCCCAUCCCAGGGUAUAAACAGGAAUUGUUUUGAUAGUGGUGGAGUUAUUCACUGCAACAAAGCAACAAUGUUGUCCAUGAUUCAAAAUCUAAGCAGUUUCGAUUUUGCCUGUGAGUAUGGUGUCUGUCAUUCAGGGCGUAGCUCACUGUAGGCUAGCCUCUGCUUACUUAGGUCUCUUCUCUGACAUACUCAAUGGAAGAAUAUUUAGAUUUAUUUAAAGUUCUUAAUGCCAACAGUUUUAAAAAAAUUAAAACAUUUGAAUGAACUGUAAAGUACAGCCAUACCUUGGACAUGCAAAUAUAAAUCUAUGGAGCAUUCUCAAGACAGUUUGUCAUGGCUCUGUUGAUUGCAAUUCCUUGUAUAGCUUGUAUUUUGAUUUAGUUUAUAUUCUGCUUAUUAUGUAUACUGUGUUCUUAUAUAUGAGAAAGCACAAAUGGGAAAGAGGUCAUGUUUGCUCAAAAUCUAGCAAAGGAAGUAGUCUGCAUUGGUGUGCAUUACAGUAUUUUGCUUAAUGAAAGCCUCAGUUCUGAAUGUUGAUAUGAGUAGUUAAAAGGAAGUGGGGCCAUUUUAUGUGUUUAUCUGUGUCAAGUAUUUCUGGUAAUAAGAAGCACUUAAUUUACACGUAUUUUAAUCCUGUGAAAGAUUCCACAUAGAGAAAAGAAAGAUACCUAACCUUCAACAAAUGUUAUUUUUGGAAACACAAUUUUUGUCAUUAAAUGUUAUAUUAUUUCACAUAUAUAAAACAGAUGUUAUGUAAGAAUGUUGUAUAUUUUAACAUAAAUCAUUUAGAGAAAUUAUCUAGAUUCAUUAAUUUUCAUAGUGCCUUUUUCACAUGAGUCAGCUGGAAAGUCUGCAAUAAACAGUAUUUGCUGUCUGUUAAUAAA